AUGUUAAGAGUAGUGUAUAACCAGUACAAAGGUUAUUGUAUACCCAAGGGAAACACAGGUAUCCAAUCAGAACAUAGCCAGGAAACUAUAUAUACAAAUGGAUUCAAUUUCUUUAAUUGGGAAGAUGAUGAAUUACAACAAUAUUCUAAAAUAACAAAUUAUAAUGAAGAUGAAGAAGAACAAGAAAAUGGGGAUAUGUAUACUAAUGAAUCUAAAAAUCAUUUGAAUCAUGAAAUGAGUGAUUUAUUAAAACCUUCAGUAUUGAAAAAUGAAAUUACUGAUAAAAUUAAUGAUAAAAUUAAUGAUAAAAAACAAUUAAAUGGUAAAAAAAUUAAAAAACAAUAUGGUAAGAAAAAAAAGAAACAAAAAGGUAAUUCAGAUCUUGAUGAUUUUAAUAUUCCUUCUGAUGUUAAUAAAGUUGCUCAAUUGAAUAAAUUACAUAAAGAAUUGAUCCUAAAUUUGAAAUCUCAAUUGGCAUCUACAAAAAUUAAUGAUGAUGAAAAAAUUUUACAAUUUUUUGAUGUUUCCAUAUAUAAAGAAGAAUUAGAUAAUUUAAAAGAUGAUGAAUGGUUAAAUGAUAAUAAUAUAUCAUUUUUAUAUGAAUAUUUAGAAAGAUAUCAAUUGAAUUCUUUUAAUAAAUUAAUUAAAGAUUCAAUUAUUUUAUUACGUCCAUCAAUGGUUUAUCUUUUAGCAAAUACCUCUGCACCAUUAGAAUUAAAAGGUGUUUUACCUCCAUUAGAAAAUUCAAAAUUUAUUUUCUUACCAGUUAAUGAUAAUGAUGAUGUUGAAACUGCAUCUGCAGGAUCUCAUUGGUCUUUAAUUGUUAUUAGUUUAUUAGAUCAAACUGCAUUUAUUUAUGAUACAAUGGAGAGAGCAAAUGAAACUGAAGCAAUUCAAGUUAUUAAAAAAUUAAUGGAAUAUUUAGGUUAUCAAUUAAAAAUUAAAAUUAUUGAAAAUACUCCACAACAAAUUAAUGGUAGUGAUUGUGGUAUAAUGAUUUGUCAAAUUACAGGAUUUUUAUUAUCAAGAUUAUUAAAUUUAAAAUAUUUAGAAACAAAUUAUAUUGAUUUAAGUUUAGAUAAAGUUGAUAUAAGUGCAAUUGAUGGUAGAAUUUUCCUUAUGGGUACAUUAUUAAAUUUAGUUAAACAUAAACAAAACUUGGAUCAAUAG